AUGCACUCCCUCCCUGCGCGCCCUCUUGGUCCCCGCACGAUCCAGCGCGCAUCCUCUCCCUCUCCCUUUGGUCUUCCAGAGAUUGCCCCUCUCACCAUUCGCAAACCUUCCCCUCGUCCCAAGCUGAAGCUACCUAAGAUUGACUAUGACAAGAUCGAAGGUGGUGCAUUCCAGGGUGACUAUAUCGGUGGCGGCCAGCCUUUGUCACUCACUUCUCAGUCAAAUGCCGAUGGGUCUGGCGACCUGACUCUUCGUCCCGACCAGACCGUAUCUCCCCACCCUCGCCCAGCUGCCGUCUCCAUGGACAGCCUACGACAAACUGUAGAGGAGUUCGACCAGUACUCUGACGACAUUCUCGAGGAGCUUAGCCGAUUAGGCGAGGGUGCGGGCGGUGCUGUGUAUAAAAUUAGGGACAAACGCACAGGGAAGAUCAUGGCUCGCAAAACAAUCACUACCCUUGAAGCACCUAUGAAGCAGCUUCUGCGUGAAAUCAAGAUCACGUCGACAACCUCACACAUCAAUAUUAUCCAUUUUUAUGGCGCAUACAUCUCACCGUCCUCUAGCGAGGUCAAGGUGGUCAUGGAGUUCUGCGAGGGCGGUAGCCUCGAAUCUGUCGGCAAACGGAUGAAGGAGAUUGGCGGACGAGUCGGCGAGAAAGUCGCAGGGCGGCUCUCAGAAGGGAUCCUACAAGGCCUCGCCUAUCUUCACAAGCAGAAGACAAUUCACCGUGACAUCAAGCCGUCGAACAUUCUCCUCACAAGAGAGGGUGUUGUCAAGCUAUGCGAUUUUGGUGUUUCGGGAGAACUUGUGAAUUCGGUGGCGGGCACUUUCACCGGUACAAGCCUCUACAUGGCGCCGGAACGUCUAUCCGGCUUGGAAUACACAAUCAGAUCCGAUGUAUGGUCCACGGGCGUAUCGCUGCUCGAGCUGGUCCAAAAUAGAUUUCCCUUCCCCAGCGAUCUCGCCGCGAUUGAGCUCAUGAUGUACAUAACACAGUAUGAGCCGCCAGAGCUCGAGGACGAGGAGGACAUCACAUGGAGCUACGAGAUGAAGGACUUUAUUAAGGCAUUACUCACUCGAGACCCCUUAAAGCGACCAACACCAAAGGACAUGCUCGCACACCCUUGGAUUGUGAAUAUGAUGAAAUAUGAAGCCAAAAUGGCCUCGUGGAUACGACAGGUAUGGGGCUGGCCAAAGGGCAGAAGGUCUGGUGAUGCGUAA